GUGGGAGGCGGUGAAGCGCGUGUACUGGUUUAAAAGUGUUGCAGGAGACAGACAGAACCAGCGCUGCUGCACCAGAUCCAGAUCCAGCUCCAGCUUCGCGUGUAACUGGGCAGAGUUUCUUCACUACAACAAACUUUGUCCAAAGGUCUUUGUGGAAGUUUAGCCAUGGCGGUCUCUUCUGCAUUGUACAUCUUCAAUCUGUUGGUCCUGGUUCAGGCCCAAUCUGAAUCCCAGCAACCCAAGAUUCAACUCCGCCUAGCCGGUGAUAAACGCAAGCAUUACGAGGGUCGUCUAGAGGUCUUCUACAACAAUGAAUGGGGGACUGUCUGUGAUGAUGACUUCUCAAUGGAAGCGGCUCAUGUUGCGUGCCGGCAGCUUGGCUUCCUGGGCGCUGUGGCUUGGUCCCCAUCUGCAAAGUUCGGACAAGGAGAAGGUCGCAUUUGGCUAGACAAUGUCCAUUGCACAGGAAGAGAAAAAUCUUUAGCCGAAUGCCCCUCGAAUGGCUUUGGGGUGUCGGACUGCAGGCACAGCGAGGAUGUUGGGGUGAUGUGCAAUCAGAAGCGGAUCCCUGGCCACCGGUUCAUCAGUACCAUCAACAACAAUGUUGAGACUCUUGAAGAACGGGUGGAAGAAAUCCGUAUAAGACCCAUAUCGUCUCACCUCAAGCGCAUCCCAGUCACAGAAGGCUAUGUGGAACUGAAAGAACGGGGGAAAUGGAGGCAGAUCUGCGAUGAGGAGUGGACCCCCUUUAACAGCCGAGUCGUCUGUGGAAUGUACGGAUUCCCCGGAGAGAAGAGCUACAACAACAAAGUCUACAAAUCACUGUCCAUGCGUAAAAGAAAGAACUACUGGGGUUUCUCAGUGAACUGCACAGGAAAUGAAGCCCACCUGUCCAGCUGUAAACUGGGCAAACCCCUGGUGUCCAAGAGGAACGGCACUUGUGGACGUGGCCUGCCUGUGGUGGUCAGCUGUGUGCCUGGAAGGGCUUUUGCUCCCUCAUCCUCCACUGGUUUCCGCAAGGCCUACAGACCAGAGCAACCCCUGGUUCGUCUGCGGGGAGGUGCGAAUAUCGGUGAAGGGCGAGUGGAGGUGCUGAAGAAUGGUAUUUGGGGAACGGUCUGUGACGAUAACUGGAACCUGAGGGCCGCUACCAUCGUGUGUCGAGAGCUGGGCUUCGGGAGCGCCAAGGAGGCUCUCACUGGAGCAAAGUUAGGGCAAGGAAUGGGUCCGGUCCACAUGAACGAGGUGGAGUGCUCUGGAUUUGAGAAAUCUCUCACUGACUGCUACUUCAAUAAUGAUGCGCUGGGCUGCAGUCAUGAGGAAGACGCUGCUGUACGCUGCAAUAUACCUGCCAUGGGUUUCCAGAAGAGGAUACGUCUAAGCGGAGGAAGAAACCCCCUCGAGGGACGUGUGGAAGUUCUCGCUGAGAAGAACGGUUCUCUGGUUUGGGGAACCGUUUGUAGUGAAAACUGGGGGAUUAUAGAGGCCAUGGUGGUCUGCAGACAGCUGGGAUUAGGCUUCGCCAACCAUGCGUUUCAGGAGACGUGGUACUGGGCUGGAGAUGCAAAUACAGACAGUGUUGUGAUGAGUGGGGUCAGAUGCUCAGGAACUGAGAUGAGUCUUCCUCAGUGCCUUCAUCACGGCAAACACAUCAACUGCCCGAAAGGAGGAGGACGCUUCGCCGCUGGGGUGUCCUGCUCUGAUACGGCUCCUGACCUGGUUCUAAAUGCUCAGCUGGUGGAGCAGACCACCUAUCUGGAGGACCGGCCCAUGUACGCUCUAGAGUGCGCCCUAGAGGAGAACUGCCUGUCCAGCACAGCGAAAAAGAACGACCACAGCUCCUACCGCCGCCUGCUCCGCUUCUCCUCCCAGAUCCACAACGUCGGCCAAGCUGACUUCAGACCCAAAAUGGGUUACCAUUCCUGGACCUGGCAUGAGUGUCACAGGCAUUAUCACAGCAUGGAGGUUUUUACACAUUAUGACCUGCUGAGUCUGAACGGCACCAAGGUUGCGGAGGGUCACAAGGCCAGUUUCUGUCUAGAGGACACUCAAUGUGACGAAGGUAUUCAGAAACGGUAUCUUUGUGCCAACUUUGGUGAACAGGGCAUCACCGUUGGCUGCUGGGACACUUACAGACAUGACAUUGAUUGUCAGUGGAUCGAUAUCACAGAUGUGAAACCAGGAGACUAUAUUUUCCAGGUCGUAAUCAAUCCUAACUAUGAUGUAGCCGAGUCGGAUUAUACCAACAAUGUCAUGAAGUGCAAGUGCCGCUAUGAUGGAUACAGGAUAUGGACGUACAACUGUCAUAUAGGUGGCUCGCGGAGUUCAGACAUGGACGAAUACCCUGGAAUGAGCAACCAGUUGCACCUCAGAUAGGAGACAGUGAGGAACGACAAAGGCUCUCAGUGGAGGAUGCUGCAGGCUGUCACUCAAGACUAUUGAAAUAUGACUGACCACUAUAGAGACUCCAGCACUUCAAUAGGCAGAGACCGCUGCUCUG